GCACUCAUUUCUGUUACUUCAUUUGAUGGCAACACUUGCACGUUGAAAUGACAAGUGUCAAAGUUCAUCUCAAAACAAACGCCGAAGCGGCAUUUUACAAGCCCAGCAGAUUUUCCAGGCUUUGAAAAGAAUUUUAUUAAAAUAACAUCAUGUUCUACCACAUAUCCCUGGAACACGAAAUCCUGCUUCACCCGCGCUACUUCGGUCCGCAGUUGAUCGAAACCGUCAAGCAGAAGCUGUACACGGAGGUGGAGGGCACCUGCACGGGCAAGUACGGGUUCGUGAUAGCGGUCACCACGAUCGACGACAUCGGUUCCGGUGUGAUUCAACCGGGCCAGGGCUUCGUGGUGUACCCGGUCAAGUACAAGGCCAUCGUGUUCCGGCCGUUCAAGGGCGAGGUGCUGGACGCGGUCGUGACCCAGGUCAACAAGGUUGGAAUGUUUGCGGAGAUUGGCCCGCUGUCGUGCUUCAUCUCGCAUCACUCGAUUCCGGCGGAUAUGCAGUUCUGUCCGAACGGGAACCCGCCGUGCUACAAGUCCAAGGACGAAGACGUGGUGAUUGCGCUCGAGGACAAGAUCCGGCUGAAGAUUGUCGGUACCAGGGUGGACGCCACGGGAAUUUUUGCGAUCGGAACACUUAUGGACGACUAUCUCGGACUGGCUUGUAGUUAAAUUAAGAUUAGGCAUUUUUAAUUGUAACAAAGAACGAUAUUUCCACGUUUGUCUAAUAAUGAAAGCUAACUUUUAAGGUAAAAAAAAUCGCUUAUUCCGGUAGACUGUAGAGAAAUCCCUCACUGAAAAUUACAACAAGUUUUUCCAAAAAGUUCAACAGAAUUGCGUUGCAACGUCUAACUUGGCUGGCUCAAAUUACGCACAACCAAUAAGCAGUCGUGGCCGAGCGGUUAAGGCGUCUGACUAGAAAUCAGA